AUGAAGAUCGCAAUUACCGGGGCUCGUGGAUCUGUUGGAAAAACCUUGGUGAAACUCUGCUCCGAAGCAGGUCAUCAUACAGUGCAGAUCAAUCGCACUCAUACCGAACACGAUGGAACACUGAAUUCGGAGAUGAGGACUGCAGACAUUGCCAACAAUUAUGACGCUACACUUGAAGCCUUCAAAGGCUGUGACGCGAUAAUACACUUCGCCGCUGUUCCAGAUCCAAUCGGGAAGACCAAUUGGUAUGUCCAUAAUAACAAUGUCAACGCGGCUUUCAAUGGAUUCCACGCCGCCGGUGAAUUGGGAAUAAAGCGAGUAUGCUAUGCAUCAUCAGUCAAUGCCAUCGGUUUGGCUUUCGCGAAUAAGCCCCUACACUUCGAUUACUUUCCCAUCGAUGAAGAUGCGCCACAGCGGCCUACAGAUGCUUACGCUUUGGCUAAAGCCGAAGCCGAGUAUCAAGCCAGGUGCUUCACUGAUUGGUUCCCGGGGUUGAGUAUAGCCUGUUUGAGAAUACACGAGGUUGCCCCGUUGAAGGAGGUUAGGGAAAGACACCACGAUAGAUGGCAAGAAUCUGGGGUUCAACAACUUUGGGGGUGGGUUAGUCCUCGUGCAGUGGCAAGAGCUUGUAUUUUAGCAGUUGAAAAGAGUGAGAGCAUCAAAGGAUUCGAGGUAAUAAAUAUCAUUUCCCCGACUACAACACAGGAGAUACCGUCGGCAGAACUCGCUCGAAAGUAUUUUCCUCUGGCGGAGAUUAGAGGCGACAUGUCAAAAAACCAGGCAUUCUGGAGCACUGAAAAGGCCGCUAGACUUCUCGGCUGGACGCAUAUUGAAAUAGAAUGA